CUCAACGCAAACCACCCCAAAUUGGCAGCGGCUCCAGUUUCUCCCUGCGCAGGACUCCUUUCCCCCCGCGGCCCAGCCUCUCAGUCUAGGUCAGCGAUUCACCCCGCCGCCGCCCGGCGGACCGCUGCUACCUCUGGUGCUCCUCCUCCUCCUCCUCCUCCUCCUCCCAAGCUUGUCGCCGACUGGGUCUCGGCUGCCAUCCCCAGCCCCAGCCGCCUCUGGUCUCUCGGCUGCUCCAGGGAGCAACUCUCCCCUCUUUCCCCACUCGGCUGCUCCAGUUUGAAGUAGUAUGAUUUUGAGGAUCUGAAUAAAGAAGGGAUAAUAUCUAUUGGGGGUCUUGUAAGUUGUAAUGGAUAAAAUACAAGCUGAUUGCCCUUAUCCUGGAUGUUUCUUCUGCGUUAUGAAGGAGGCAAACCCUAGCAAACGAAGAGCGAGUGUGCUGAAGUUCUUUAGAGAACUUCCUUCCCAAGAUGAUGAUGGCCAAGUUCUUCCUAUUAGUGGCCUUUGGAAUACUGCAAUGGCUCACCCAAACGACCCUGAAUUCAUUAACUUGGGAAUAUUUGAGUGUAUGGCAGCUUUAAUAUGGAAGGGCUUGAAAAAUAGGCGCUGGCUUUCACAUGAUCAGAAUAUUUACAUCCCAUAUUAUGCAGCCCACGUUAUUGGAUCUUAUACGAUGAAUAUGGAGGAGUUUGCAGAACGUGCUGUUCGUGCCGGAGUAAUAACCCCAUUAGUUGAACUCUUAAGAGGUAGGCUGACUUGGGUGGAGCAAAGAGUUGCUGUUAGAGCUUUGGGGCAUUUGGCUACAUACCCUAGUACAUUCGCUGCUGUUGCUGAUCAUGGAGAAGUACUUGAACUUGCGAUUCAACUUGCCUCAAGCUCGCUAGAAAUUGUGUACUCUCACUUUUACCAAUUCGUAGAUCGGAGACUUGGCUACCAUUGUGAUCUUCUUACACGUGGCAUGGGUGGUGCGGAAAUGGAAUCUCGUAAAGCUGAGGAAUGGGCUAGUCAAUUGCAGUGCUGGUCUCUGCAGCUCAUAAACUGCUUUGCAUUUAAGCCUGAGUUUCUCCAUGAUAUCUGCAAGCCUGAAUUUCUAGCCAAGUUACCUGGUAUGUGGGGUGGACUUGUGAAUGAGAACUCGCCUGCUGGUAUUGGUUUACUAAGAACAAUCUGCCAGAGUAAGCUUGGCAGAGGUCAUGUUGCUAAUAUUUCUGGUGUCAUUGAAGCUUUAUGCAACAUUGCUCGUUCUUCGGAUGACUGGCAAUAUAUGGCCAUUGAUUGUCUACUCUGGUUAGUGCAGGAUCCUAGUACAUAUCACAAGGUUAUAGAUAAAAUUGCACCGGCAUUGAUAGAUUUAGCAGAUAUUUCCACACUCGGUGAUUAUAAAAAGCUGGGUGACACUAUUGUCACAGUCCUCCAAGAAUGUAUGCAACAAAAUGGGAAUUCACGGAGUUCAGUUAGUAGUCACACCAGAGAAGAAAUUGAUGAACUCUUGAGUUCCAGGCAGAAACUUAAAUCAGAAAAGAAUAUGCCAAAGGAGGAUCUUCAUAUAAAACAAGCUGCUGCAUUGGUUGUUAAGUUGGAAGGAAAUUCGUUGUUCUCUUCAGGAAAUAUUGAAGGAGCUGCAACCAAGUAUUCUGAAGCACUCGCAUUGUGUCCAAUGAAGUCUAAGAAAGAAAGAGUGGUGCUUUAUAGCAACCGAGCUCAGUGUUAUCUUCUCCUACAGCAACCUUCGGCUGCCAUCAGUGAUGCUACCCGUGCAUUGUGCCUUCACAGUCCAUUGAAUCGACAUGCCAAGAGUUUGUGGAGAAGAGCUCAAGCAUAUGAUAUGCUUGGUUUGGCGAAAGAGAGCCUGCUGGAUGCAAUUCUCUUUAUAAAUGAAUGCUCUCAGUCCAGUGAUCCUGAUCUGUCCUUGAGGCAAAACAAAGUUCCUGAUUAUGCUGAGCGAUUGGUAAAGAAGCAGAUGCGUGCCGCUUGGUUAUUCAGAGCAUCAUCCCUAAAACAUGGUGGAAUCCAUUGUGAGGGAGAUGCUAGUGAUGCAUUUGGUCAAGAGGCUGAUGACUCUGAGUGGGAGACAGUGAGUGAAAGUGAUGGUGAGAAUGAUGAAAGGAGAGAAGCAGAUGAUGAAACUGAAUGGAAGAAUGGCAGUCACUGGGAAGACGUCUAUGCGAAAAGCUGAGAAACAGGGUUUUGUUCUAUUGUUCGUUAAGCUUUGCUAUCACUGCACUUGUAGUCAGCAGCAACAAAAACAGAAGUAGCUGCUGGCCUGCUGCACUGCUAAAGCAAAACUAAAUCGUUGAAAGUAGAUGAAUUCUGCUUGAUCAAAGGUCAGAAAAAAUUGUAGCUUCCGAAAGUAACAAUCUGGUGUAUAUUGUUUCUAUGGAGAGCAAGGCUAAAACACUAUGUAUUGCCCGCCCUUCUUGGGUCUGUCUGAGUUUCUGUGAUUGUUAAGAAUUUUCGUCUUCCCCGCUUGCUUUUGGUGUUGUAAAAUGAACAGAACAGUGCCUUGGUUUUAUCUUAAACAUCAUCCAUUUGUGAAUGAACUUUACCUUGAA